GGCGGAAUUUCUUGGUUUCCUGUGAUUGGAUUCGUGCGGUUUUGUGGUCAUUUGAAAGAAGGCAUUGAGAGCUUUCCAAUGAUGCUAAGACCGCAUGAAUCGGAUGCUUGGAUGCCGAGUUUUGCGUCUCAAAGUUUUGAAAAAAAAUAUGGAAUAGUGCUGGCCGAAAUUAACGAAAUUUACUGCGCCUUACUGCGAUAA